AUGCCGCCAGUGGUUUUCCGCAAGGUCGGCGACCAACACAAGUCCCCCUUCUUUAAAAAGCUUCCCCCGGAAAUCCGAAAGAUGAUCUACACGGAACUCUUCGGAUCUCGUCUCGUCCAUGUCCUGUUCCACUCGUCCGUGCAUCGGAAACCCAAGACUUUGUACAAAAGACAAGGCGCACCCCCUCGAAGCAAGAUGCCUGGCUGGGCGCAUUGCGUCUGCCGACAGGGUGUCGACUCUCCGCCUCACCUGCAUAGCGAGAGAUUUCACAAGUGGUGCUACAUGAAUACCAACAUUAUCUUUUCCUGCAAGUAUGCCUUCGAAGAAGGCAUGCCUAUUCUCUACGGCUCCAAUGUUCUGUCUUUCACUCAGCUCACAGACUUUCUGGUAUUUAUGCAGUUCUCCUGCAUCUAUAAAGCUCUAAUUACGAGAGUAAACGUCUCUGUCAACCUGGAAGGCCUCGACGGUCGCACAUACGACUUUUAUACCGAGUUCAAGACACUGCUCCGGUGGAAAAGGAGGGCCGGCGCAAGGCGUCUUGAAUGUCAGAUGCUGUUCUACGGAUUGGACGACUUCCCAUUCGUAGAGAGAGCUCUUCACCAAUCCAUUAAAACGAUAGAGCGGGAGGCGCUGCAAGACGGGCCUCGGUUUCGCCUUUUCGUGCCACUUCACAUGCGGGAAUCGAAGGGGCGAUAUUGUUGGUCUGGUUCUACCAACUACAAUGUUGAGAUUCAUUGGCGAAGUGACAACUCGCCUACGGCUGUUGGCUUCGGCGAGGCUUCAGACGAUGAGAACUACGGGAUGGUUGUGAUUGACUAG